AUGCUGUCGUUACUACAUCGUCCCUUCAUCCGCUAUAAUAUCAAUCUCUCUCUUAAUGUAUUUGCACCUUUAUCAAUCUCUUUUCCUCAUUAUAGUGUUGAUGAUCGGCAAUUUAUCUGUACAAAUGCAUUACAUCACCGUUCUUUUACCUCUUUAACUCCUGAAAAACAAUCUCCUGAGCUCCCGACAUUUCAUGGAAAAGACCUAUUGAGUCUCGUAUCUAGAGCAAGAGAUUCUCAUCCUCUUGAUUGGUCGGAAGGUGCAGGAAUUGCAGAAGAGACCGAUCCACUGGAUUUAAAAGAUCCACAUUAUGAUCUCACCAGCGCCAAGCUCACGAAACUUUUUUCUCGGUUUCAACCAAAUCAGCAUGGAAUGGUAUCGUAUGAAGGAUUUCAACAAGGUCUGGAAGCCAUGGGGAUUUUAUGUGACAAUCAAAACGAGUUCAAGGCUUUUAUUGGACAAGUUGAUGAUGAUAAGAGCGGAGGAAUCACGUACGAUGAAUUCUUGUACGCUAUUCAAGAAAUCAAGCUCGCGCAACUUUUCAGUCCAGAGUUCGUAGGGGCUUUGACGUCCGAAUAUGCUCGAGUGUAUGGUCGCGCAGCACCCGUUGCACAAUUGGGCUCGAUUGAGUACUCACCUGAUCGAGUUCGAAGUGCGUAUCCGAUCGAAAAAGUCGAGAGGUUCAUGUACUCGAAACGACCAAAUUGGGCGAGUGUACGCUGGAUCAAUGUGGAGGGAAUCGAUCCACUGAUGAUGAGAAGACUGGCGGUGCGCUAUCAGUUGCACCCGCUUGCGGUGGAGGAUACACUGGACGCCGAUCUAGAACGACCCAAGUACGAGCAUUAUGACGAGCACUCUUCAUUAAUUCUUCAAACGGUGCACGCACGUGAUUUAAAGAAGGCGUUGGAGUAUCAAAGCAUGUAUCGCGCUUCGCUGUAUGUUCGGGAUGAUGCCGUAUCACCGUUUGAAAGCAUGAGCACGUCUGAACUGGAAACGAGACUUGACGACCUAGGCAUAGGACGUAUCAUGGCACCACCUGAACAACUGAGCUUGUACAUAAUGAAGAACGUGGUCAUUAGUGUCCAGGAGGCCCCAAGCACGCUGUGGCCGACACUGAAACAGCGACUGGAAAUGUCAUACUCUAAGGUUCGGCAAAAUGGCACGGCAUUUUUGGUGUACUCGAUUGUAGACGUGUGCGUAGACGAAUUAUCUCCAAUCUCGCACACGUAUGGAGCCAAGGUAGCAAUGCUCUCUCGUCUUCUCCGUCACGACCCACUCAACUUCGAUGUCGAUCGUCUAGCCAAGUGCUCGAAAGAGAUUAAAGGGCUCAAGCUACUGUGCAAACCACUGCGCGAAAUGACAACCCAACUUAUGGAGUCAAGUGAUUUCGAGGGCGAGACGCUGCGGUAUUUUCGUGAUGUGCAGGAUCAUGUGACAGUCAUCGACGAGACCUGCGAUCGCCUCCUUGACCGCUGUCGCAGUUUAGUAGAUGACUUUCACAACGCGCGACAUGGCCAGCAGAGCGAAGUUAGCUACACGCUGACCCUCGUUGCAACAGUGUUUCUACCGGCUCAAUUUCUUACGGGUCUGUAUGGUAUGAAUUUUGUCAACAUGCCUGAACUGCAGUACGAGCACGGAUACAUGAUCUGGUGGGGUGUUGUAUCGACUAUCGCCACCGGGACAAUCACGUACUUUAAAUUCUACAAGAAGUGGCUGUAA